UGAAUUCCAGCAACUCUGAGUGGAGCGUAGUUUGAAUUUUUCUUCAUAGUUUAUUGACAUGUUCAAUCCCUUUUUUUAUAUGUACCGUUAUACACAUGCUAUUGACUUUAAUGUAACACAUACCUUUUAUUUUUCAAUUUUACGAUAGCCAUUUUGAAGGUGGUGAGAUGGCCAGCACAGAGCUGAACUUUGACCUUGAUGAGGAGGAACCCAAGUGGAACCCCAAGGUCUGUGAUGGCUCGGAGGUAGCCUCACCUCUGGCCCCUGCGUGCAAUGAGCCAUUGGACUUCACCCAAAUCACCCCCUCUCAGCUGGGCAUCUCCACGCAGAGCUUUGUCCCUUCGUCCCAGGGAAAAGAUAAGUCCCGUCUGACCCAGCUGAAGGCAAGACGGAGGUCCACGAUUGGAACACGGGGGUCUCCAGAAACCAACGCUCUGAUCCGCUACAUUGCCCAGCAAAGGCAGAAAACCCCACCGAGCACCCCACAGAUGACUCACGCCCACACGCCCCUGCAGGCCAGCCCGUUCUUCCCGCGCGGGCUCUCCUCUCUGAAGCAGAAGAUGGCCUCCUUCCAGAACCUUCUGGAGGUGGAGGAGAGUCAGGGCUCAGCUGAAGAGGACGAGGCUGAUGGCCACACCUCUGUGGGUGAGAAGGAAAAUCGGGGUCCUCAAAGGGGCCCAGUUCCUGUGGCCCCCUCCUCAAAGAGGCGUCGGACGAGUCCCUUCCGAGAGAUCGUCACGGAGACCCAAGAGGCCACGCCCUCUGUGGACGUCCUCUCCCCUCUCCUCACACCUGGCGGUCCAGCACAGGUGCAGGUGACACAGGUGUGCUCUGAACAGGUGCAGGUGACACAGGGGUGCUCUGAGGAGCCCAGGUACACAGAGAUGAGCAGGUGUGAUCUGGACGAGGCCCUGUGCUGCUCACCGUCUGGGUUUCCCGGGCUGCGGAGCGGCGAGCGUAACCGUGACGACGUCUCCUUCACCCCGUCACACGACUCCCCUACAGAGGGCCGCAGGCGGUCCUGGCGUGCAGAAGCUCAAAGCCCCAGCCUGCCUCUGUCUCUCGGCCCUGCGGACGCGGGUUCCACCGAGUCCCUGUCGCUUCACCCUCCAGAAGCUGCGGACUGCGAGGGGAACUCGACGCGGCGCAGAAAGAAGCGUGUGCAUUUCGGGGUGCCCCUCUCCCCCGAGUUCUUCGACAAGAGGCUUCCCCCCAGCACGCCCCUGCAGAGGGGGGGUACGCCCGGGCACCUGUCCGCCUCGGGGGGCUCCAGGCUCCGCUCGCUCCUCAAAACCCCCCAGAGACACGCCCUGCCCCUCCCUCAGCCCGACUUCAACAGCCCCUCCCUCUCCGGGCCCCCGUCGCCGCCCCCGGCGGGUCGCCACGGCGACGAGGCGCAGACCGUCUGCGCCGAGGAGCAAGAACAGGUACCCGCCGCCGUCGGGACGGCCGACCCCGCAGAGGAGGGCGCGGCCAGCGGUUCACACGAGGACGCCGUAGUGUGCAGCCCAGAUGUGGCCUCGCGGACCUGCCAGGAGACGAGCCAGCUCGAAACCGACCUGACCCCUGACCCGCCCCCGACCCCCUCUGGAGAGGAGGAGACAGGAGAAGAGCCAAUGACGGAGCUCGCCCCCUUCCCUAGCCCCGCCCCCGAGCCGCCAAUCAGCACAGCCCGCCCAGCUCGGUCUCGUGGGAGGAAGAGGAAGGUCGAGGAGACGGAUGCUGCCACGGCAACCAGGAGACCAAGCCGAAAUGCCGCCAUCUCCGCCUCCGGCAAGAUGAAGGGCUCUGGCGGUAAGCGUCGGUGGGGGGGUAAGGCAGUAGACCGCUCUCUGUACGGGAAGAGAGACUACGCCUCCAAAAACCCCGCCCUCAGCCCCAUCACCGAGAGCCUGUCCUGCACCAGCCGCUCACCCACCCCCCAGAGACCCAGAGCCAGGAGAUCCACAGAGGACUGCGGAGACUCACGCAAUCCCAGCAUGCCCCUGGAGCAGACGGUCGACGGUGACCUCACGGCUGACGUGGUGACGGCCGCAGUGAUGUGGCGUCGGCGUUUCUGCGGUCACCGUGACGACCCCGAGGGCGGGGACUCCGCAGGCUGUCCCGAGGGAGAGGCUUCAGACUGCGCAGCUGAGGCAGCCCCCGAUGCAGCUCCCAGCCAGCCGACGCAGCCCUGUCUGCAGGGAGGAGGGGGGGGGCGGGGGGGCAGGGGCGGUAGAGGGAGGGGCAGAAGGAAGGUCGCGGUCAGCAACCGAAACGGCGAGGGCCAAACAGCCGCCGAGACAGAGCUGGAGCCGCCCGUCAUCCCCAGUCCCCCGGGCAACCGUCCAGAGAGCGAUGGGGUGGAGGGGGAUCGCCACGUUGAUGCAAGCGGAGAGGGGGAUCGUCGUGGCGACGCGCUCGUAGACACGAACGGUGAGGGGGAUCGUCGUGGCGACGCGCUCGUAGACACGAACGGUGAGGAGGAUCGUCGUGGCGACACGCUUGUAGACACGAACGGUGAGGAGGAUCGUCGUGGCGACACGCUCGUAGACACGAACGGUGAGGGGGAUCGUCACGGCGAUGGGAGCGACGGCUCGGCCUCCAAUCCCGAAUAUUCACACACCCUGCCGGCGAGCGCAGGGGGUCAGAGGUCAAACGCAGGCCGGCGCAGGUUGAACAGUCGCAGGAGCUCCCUGUACCUCCCCUCGGCUGUCACAGAGGAAGAGACGCAGAGCCCCCCCAAGCUGCUCCUGCACCUCCCUGAGGGGGGUCCGAGUGAAGGGGAGGGGGAGGGAACGGAGGAGAGAGGAGGAGGAGGAGAAGAGGGCAGGGAGAUCGCUGAUCGAGCAAUGGAGAGAGGAGGAGAGAUGGAGGGAGGAGGAGGAGAGGGUGUGGAAGCGGAAAGAAGGGAGAUGGAGAGAGAGGGGGAGGGAGAGGGAGAGGCAGGAGGGGACAGAAUCGGGCUGCUCACAGUCCCUCCCGUGCCCUGGCAGGAGGUGGAGUUCUGCAUCGAGGACGUCCUGCAGGCCCCCUCCAGAGGGGGGCGCCGGUCUGUGCGUCGUAGCCUCAGGAACCGCAGCCAGCACGACCCCUCAGCCAGCGGCCUGGCCUGGGUCCAGCACUCUCCCCCCGCCCGCAGGGCCUCCCGCACCAGGGCCAGAGCACGCCGCGGCUCUGCCUGCCUCCCAGCCCCCCUGGACCCCGCCCUCACCCCGCCCCCUCUCCAAGAGCCCCCCGCCCUCACCCCGCCCCCUCUCCACGAGGCCCCCGCCCUCACCCCGCCCCCUCUCCCUGAGGACCCCAAAUAA